GCGGAAGUGGGGGUCCUCGAGGCAAGUAGAGGGCUGGGGCUGAGGAGCGAUGCGGUGCGUCGGCCUCCCGCUCCUGCUCCCGCUCGUGCUGCUCGCGGCGCUGCUGGGCGGGGAGGCCGCGGCGGACGCCGUCACCUGCGGGUCGGUGCUGAAGCUGCUCAACACCCGGCACAGCGUGCGGCUGCACUCGCACGAGGUCAAGUACGGAUCCGGCAGCGGGCAGCAGUCGGUGACCGGCGUCGACGCGCCCGACGAUGCCAACAGCUACUGGCGCAUUCGAGGGAAAAGCGAUGGCAGCUGCCAGCGAGGCGCGGCGGUGAAGUGCGGGCAGGCCAUACGCCUGACCCACGUCAACACGGGGAAGAACUUGCACACGCAUCACUUCGCCUCGCCACUGUCCAACAACCAGGAAGUGAGUGCCUUUGGUGAUGAUGGUGAAGGAGAUGACCUGGAUAUAUGGACUGUGCAAUGCAGUGGGACCUACUGGGAGCGGGACGAUGCAGUGCGCUUCAAGCACAUGGGAACUGAGGUGUUUCUCUCAAUAACAGGGGAACAGUAUGGCCACCCAAUCAGAGGCCAACGGGAAGUUCAUGGCAUGUCUACUCCUAAUCAUCACAACUACUGGAAAGCAAUGGAAGGAGUUUUCAUCAAACCCAGUGUGGAGUCUGCAAAACAUGAUGAGCUCUGAAUUGGUUUGAAGACUUACUUAACCAUGCUUGUUUAACCCCAGCUGAUGAGCUGCUGCUCCUUGGUCUCUUGCAAAUACUGUGUUGUCUAAGUCACUGACUCUGUACAACUGAAAGGCAUUAGGAGGUUUCAGGAAUCCAUUGCUUCUGUGGGGGACUGCAUUUUCCUGGAUUUUUGCAUUGAAACUUGAGUUUUAUAGUUGAAUUGGUAAAGCAGCUUGUGCUUCUAUUUGUUUUCACUGCAAUUUUCUUAGUUCAUUGCUUUCUUCUCUUUUCCUUAGUCCAGAAGGAAGUGGCAAACAAAAGUAAAAUCUCUCAAUCCCAAACACAGUACAGAUUUGCAUUUACUUUUUUGUAAACCCUGUGCAGUUAUAAUUAUAUUUUUGGAAACUAGUGUGUGUAGUGUUCAGUGAAAGAAAGUACUAAGUGCAAAGAUGAAGUAAAUUCAAAAUGGGGAACAUUUCUCUUACCAAACAUGGGGGCUUGUGGAGAAGAUGGAACUGCCAAUCCAGUUUUUUCUGAAAAAUAUCUGUGGUUCACUUGAAAGGUACUUCUUACAUUUUAUUAUGAGUGGCAGUGUGCGCUUCAUCUGCAUUCAGAAUCUUCUCUUUCGAGAGAGAGAACACAUUUCAUUUACAUGUUGUGGCAAGAGCACUUAUUUUUUCACUUAUUACUUUUUAAGAAUUUGCAUUUUGGUAGUGGUUGUACUGCUACUAUUUUAAAUGAUAAAAUUGUUCUGUUCUGAGAACUACUCUAGAAAACUAAUAUUUAUAGAAAGCUGAGGUUCAUUAAAUUAUUUCAUAUAGUCUGAAAGAGCAAUUCUGUUGAACCUUGCCUUUUUUUUUUUACUCUUGCAAAUAACCUGAUAUGAUUCAAUAUUAGAACCCAGAUAAAAGAAAAGGAUCGAUAUAUAGCUAGGUUUGCUCAGAUUAGGAAAAAGGACAGAUUCUUGUUUCAUGUAUAGGUCCUGAACUUCUGAGAAAGGGACUGUGCUGUGAAUACUACUAGUCAGAAACUUUGUUCUUGAACAAAUCAUUGAAUUUCUCUAUGCCUCUCCUCAUCUCUAAAAAAGAAAUAAUAAUUAUUAGAGUAGGGUGUAAUGAGGGUUAACUAAUGUGUGUGUGAAGCCUCAUUUAACAUGAAAAGUGCUAUAUGAAUUCUUGUUCUAUUGCUUUGAAUAAUGAGGCCACAUCCGUGGCUGUGUGGUAUGGGGUGCCACAGACCCAUCUGUGGUACCCCACACUGCACGUUCAGGCAUUUCCCGCGCUGCUACCUUGCAACAUGGGGAUUUUUUUCCUGGGGGUCAAAAAAACCCCAUGCACAAAAAAAAGUGGGAAAGUGCAUCUGGCUGCAGCAUAUACCAACCUAAACAGCAGCCGUGUCCAUCAGAGCCUUGCUUCAGCUGCUGGCCAGGCUCCCAGCUUCAAGGGCACUAUGGCUGUGGCUUCCCUGGCCCCUUGGACCUCAGGUAAGGCUGCUGGGGCCAAACUAGCUGCUGGUCCCAGCUUCCCCUAUUCCUCUCAGGGUAACCUGCCACAUGCCAGAGGGUGUGUGGCACAGGCAUUCCUCAAGGACAAGUAGCAGCAACACAAGGUGUGUGGCUGCUUCUCAUCCCCGAUGAACCAAACAUCCAUGCUUGUCUGGACAGUCUUAUUUUUUUCAGCAGAGCAGAGACAAAGGUUGCAAAAUCAGGGGCACCUGUUGCCAUGGAGUGUUGACUUGCCAUUCUAACUUCUGAACUUUCAGUUACUGAAGCAGGAGGCUGCUUUGCUCCUUAUACUGUGACUGUCACGAUACUGAUUUUCAGUUUGAGCAUGCGUUGUUGCCAUUAGUCACAAAAGUUGUAAUUAAUUUUUUCUUACUUGUUGAUGUGCUUAACACCUUGUAUUUGUUCUUGCUGUUGAACUGCACAGGCUGGCUUUGAUUUCUCUUAUGCUAAAGCUGUUUGCAUUUUUAGUGUAACCAUUGCAAGAAUCCUUAUUUAACAGUCUUGCAACACUCAACUAUUUUCCUUACUGAAAAAAAAGGCAAGACUUGUUUCCUGUUGCUGUUGUGGAUAAUUUCUCUGAACAUUGUCAGAAGUAUUUUCAUCAGGGACUAUGGAUGGAUGUGUGGCAAGAUGCCUCUCCAGGGAACAAAGAGGAUGGGGUGGCCAUGAAGCAGGCAGAAGGAGUCCCUGCAGCCCUCAUUUUCUGGGCAAACCCCUUCCAGGUGUCUGCCAUGCCUUUGAUGUUUGUUAUUUCAAUGAGUGAGGCUGCCCCAGGGCUUCCAAAAUUGUUCUUUCAAAUGACUACCAGGUGCCCGUGGUCACUGCCUUAUGGGUGAAUUGCGUGUCUCUGUCCAUCCCCUACAGCACCAUGCCUCGCAAAUGGCAUCCGCAUUGAGAUGUCUUCUUUCACUUAAGCUCCCUUCUGGGGUUCCUAGCCCUUUGCUGAUCCCACACUCAGCCUCUCACUGAGUCCCUAGGAACCUCCUCCUCCCCAUAGUUCCUCUCCAAACCUCCAGACUGCUUUAGGUGUUAUCUCCAAGCUGGCCUUCUGGAGCUGCAGACAUCUUGCUUAGGUGAUAUUCUCUUAGCAGGCUCCCAGAUGUUACUGCCAGCUUUUCUUGGGCUUGUAAUUACACCUGCCACUCCCUGGGUCACCUGGCUCUCCAAUUAGCUCUGGCCCACUCCCGCCAACAGCUUUGCAGGGUGUCUGGCCUCUUAAAAUGGCAGGCAUCCCAAAUGCCCUGCCACAGAAUGGUCUUUGUACUGUUUUAAUUUUUAGGAGUAACCAUCUAAGCAGCAGUCAAAGGCUUCAGUAAAACUGGCCAAGUGCUUCUGCAUAGAGAAAGUAUGGAAACAAGCUCUAAAAUUGCCAUUUACACAAUUCAUUAAUAAUUCAUCUGAGUUCAUUUGAUUAGUCAGCCUAUUAAAGUGAAGAUUAAUAAAGAUAAUAAUAACUGAAAAAAACCUUCUUUUCCUGUGUGCUGAGAAACAAACUGCUUCUCCCCUCCUUUCUUGUUCUAGGAAGAAAGGCUAUUCCCUGAACCCAGCAUCGUAAGUAACUGCAGAAGGAAGGGUGGUAGCACUUGUGGGAAAGAAGGGGUCACAUCAAGCACAUGUUCUGCAUUUCCAUGGGCCAAGCUUCUAUACAGCCAGGUCUCAUGGGUCAGGUCCAGUAUCAGCACUCCUCCGCUAACUCAGUCUUCCUACAAGAAGGAUGGGCCCAGCACUACAUCCCUAGAGAUGCACUUGCUCUUCAUUUGACCCAUACUCAGUGAACUAAUUAACUGUUCAUCUCCUUGUAUGCCUGUUCCCAGACACUGAGAAUGCUAAAUCAUAGCUACUGAGGAAGGAACUUGUUGGGCUUGCCCUUUUUAAGUAACAGUGGGUGAUAAGGCAGAGAGAGAGAAUUAAGAGUAGGGUCAUAAGUAUUCAGUUGGUUUUGCUUCCACUCAUGUAGGCUAAAAAUCUGUCACUGUUCCUCUGUUUAACUGCACAGGUCUUUAUUCCGUGCUACAUGCAAAUUUUUUUUUACUCAGUGUCAAUGGGUGAAAUGUCCUGCAGCAAAUUGAUCUUUUAUUUAAAGUACAGCUUGACUUUUGCAAGAAGUGCAGCCUUCCCCAUUGCUGAGAUGACUUUUCACAGCUGGAAAGAAAAAGGGAGAGAUUCUCUUUUGAUUAAAGAGAUCAAACACUAAGAUGUCCUCUCUUGGUUCAGCCUGUAACAACAGGUUUACACAGACCUUUAGUUUUAAAACAGCUCAAGUCCUGCAAACAUCUGACUAAUCCAACUAACUGGCAUAUAUCUAAAGUUGAAGAAUAGUUAAAUGAUUGCAGAAUUGAAGCUAUUAGAAUACAUUGAUACCUGUUUAUCUUAGAAAUGCAGUGAAUCGCAUUUGUUGGCAGUAAAUGGGCAUCUCUAUCAAGUUGUCUGGUCUGUCUUUUUGCUAAUGUAUCCCUUUUCUGUUGCCUUUUCAUUUCUGUGUUCCAGACACAAAAUACGCUAACUGUGCUUUAAAAGGAAAUUUGUGUUGGUAUGUAUUGAAACAGUUUGCUUGUUGUGCUUUGUGGGUUUGACAGAACCUUUUAAGAAAUUUGUUUUAAAAAAGUUCUGAUU